AGGUGGCAGACAUGCACCUUUAACGUUGGUUUGCCAAUCCGCCAAUAACCUCGAGAGAAGAACAGAGCACUUGCUGCUGUCAUUCAGUGUCUUUGCUGCAUUUAGGGACGUUUUUCCUUCAGGGUCCCGUGGAAAGGACCGAAUUUGAUGCUUUUAUUUGGUCGUUUAAAACCGCGUGCACGCAAAACCUGCACUAAAUUAUAUGUUCUUCAGGAUAUUCCAGCAGUAAAUAAAAUGAAUGUAUGGCGACCGUCUGAUUAGUUUAAAAAGUACAAAUUAACCCCAUCAAGAGAAACCCUACCGCCUCACCUGCUUCAACAGAAGAUCCUUUUGAAGAUCCGACUCCGGUUUUACACUUCUGCUGGAUUUGCUUCAGAUUUACAGACCUGGACAGUUUAAGAAGCUCUCUUCCACAACACGAGGCCGAUAUCUGUUGCUCAGACCUUGUGAGCCAUCAUGGCUAAAGUGCAGGUGCUAAACGUGGCUGUUCUGGACAACCCCAGUCCUUUUAGAAACCCGUUUCAAUUCGAAAUCACGUUUGAAUGUAUGGAGGACCUACCUGAAGAUCUGGAGUGGAAGAUCAUCUACGUGGGCUCAGCUGAGAGUGAGGAGUACGACCAGGUCCUGGACUCGGUUCUGGUCGGCCCAGUUCCUGCAGGCAGACAUAUGUUUGUCUUUCAGGCGGACGCUCCAAACACAGGGCUGAUCCCUGAGAGCGAUGCAGUGGGCGUGACCGUCGUGCUGAUCACAUGCACAUAUCGGGGACAGGAAUUCAUUCGCAUUGGUUACUAUGUAAACAAUGAGUACACAGACCCUGAGCUGCGGGAAAACCCACCUGUCAAGCCCGACUACACACAGCUGCAAAGGAACAUCUUGGCGUCUAACCCCCGCGUGACCCGUUUCCACAUUAACUGGGAGGCGACUAUGGACAAGAUGGAGGAUUCGGAGAAUGUAGACCCCUCCCCCAACGCCAUGCUCCCGCCCACCUCCAUGCCUGGCAAAGCCCCGCCCCUUGGACUCAUGCCUGACAACUCUAUGGACUGCUUAUAGAGCCGGAACACAACAACAGCCUCAUGCAUUAAGUAAUAAAUGUGUUAUGUUGUAUUUAUACACCUACAUGUUCUUACAGUUGAGACACACACACUCAUCUCAAUCCUGUGGCACUGCUCUGAUCACACAGCUGAAGCGCUCAGGCAGUCGUGGGACUUUGUCUUGCGCUCCCUGUCCUGUACAGCAGGGGGGCAGGACCUGCAGCACCAGCAGACACGGACUGUUUUCUUCAGUUUUUCUGUGGUGCACAUCACUAGUGAGGUGAAUCCCAUAAAAAGCAUGUCCGGUUUGCAUUUUCUUAGAAAUGAUAUUUUGCAUAAAGACAAAGAAGCAUUUUAGGACCAGUAGUAUGUUUGUGUUCUGAGAUUGUUGACAAUUUUUUCCCCCAAACUGUCAUUACUAUAAUCCCAAAAAAAACAAAACAAGCUCAUUCUCAUUACUGUAAUGCAAAGUUGUUUAUAAUAAUGAUAUGAUAAUAAAAAUUGGGUGUAAAGUAUUCAUACAUCAUGGUUGUGUUGAUUGAAUUACUCUUGAGAAUUACCAUUGGCUAUAAUAGAAAUUACUAAAAAAAAAAA